GGUGUGGUCACCGUAUGCUUAUUUUGUAACGGCAAGCUAGACAAGACUCCAGUGAACACUGGGCACUGUUUCGCUGAGCUAGAUCUGUGCCCAUGAAUAUAUUAUGAAAUGAAACGUUAUAAUGGUCGUCAAUGGGAUUUUUUACUGCAAUCUUGACCCUUCAUUUUCAUGGAAUCGGAUCAAGGAAGUGAAAUCCAAGCGUUAUUGCAUUAUGCUGACGCACUGGCGCACUGUUGUGAACAUCUAGAGAGUUCCAUGUUGGAGAUAAAAUAUCGUUUGUGCAUAUAUAACCUAGUAUGAUGAAAAAUUCCUAUAAUUUUCAUUUUUGGCAUUAUGAUUUAGAUCAGUCUGUUUACAUGUUGAUCUAUAAUGCCAAAGAUGUGUCAUAACAUUUAUAUGCACAAAAACAAAAGAUUCUCAUGGAACCAUAUGGUACAAUUAUCUGCUAUGAACUUACAUAUACACGGACUGUAAUAUAUGGAUUAUAUAUGUAUCUUCACAAUUAUGGUAAUAUCAAAACGGGAUCAAAACAAACGUUUAAACUUUGACUAGCCAUGGAAAAUUCUCUACGUAUAUUCUAGUAUAUCUUGAGAUAUGCAUGUAUUGUACAACAUUUGAAUAAAAUCAUAAUGGGAUGUGUACAUUCUAAUUUUCCCCUGCUUUGCAAUCGGCAGACAGACGUCGAAAAAUGCUUCUUUGAUGCAAUAUUCAUGAAUGAUCUGGCAACAAUGGAAGCAUGCUUGAAAAACAAAGUGGAUAUUAAUAUGAUAUACAUAUGCGACAGUAUAAUAAAACAUGCAUUGACAACCCCUCUGACAUGGGCAUGCAAGAAGGAUUACCCUUCCAAUGAGGGCCUUAGAUGUGUUCAAUAUUUAAUACAGAAUAACGCUGAUGUAAACAAAAAAGAUGGACAUGGAAGGCUUCCUUUGUCAUACGCUACAGAAAGCGGAGACUAUGACCUGAUGAAAGAAUUGAUCAGUGCAGGUACUCAUGUAAAAAAGGAUACUGCCCUUGAUGAGUGUGUUGAGAAAUCAUUGUUACAUUGGGCUGUGUAUAAUCCUCGCUGUAUGGAGCUCUUAAUACAACAUGGUGCUGAUGUAAAUGCCCUUAGAAAUAAGCACACUCCAUUGAUUCAUGCUGCAAAGCACUGUGGAAAUGCAGAGUGUGUGAAGCUAUUGAUAAAACAUGGUGCAGAUUUGGAGUACAGAGACUUAGGAAAUGAGAGUUAUGAUUUGUUUUCAUUAUGUCCACGUCCCCACAAUUAUACCGCACUGUUUUAUGCCUUGACUGAGAGAUCAUUCUCUACUGUUGAAAUUUUAUUAGAUGCUGGAGCAAACUAUAAUGGAUUAAUAUUCCCAGAUCAAGAAAAUUCCAGAAGUGCUCUGCUUGCUUUAAUAGAAUUUGGGCGAUCGAGAUCUACAUACUGCUGCAUGUAUUAUACAGACUAUAGAUUAGCAGUAGAAACACGUAAGUCCUUAAAGGGGCAUAGGGAAUUCCACAAUUUUGACAAGUGUGCAGCAUUACUGAUCAAAUAUGGCUGUACUCCAGAACUUGAAUGUUUAGGAAGGUAUCUUAGUCAUGGAAAUGCAGAUAUUUUUAAGCAAAUCUUGGAUGCUUUGACUUCGAAAUAUGAGCCUGACACACUGUUUCAGAAAUUUAAAUCUUCCCCUACUGAAGUGAGUCUCAGGGCAGAGAAGUAUGAUUGUGCCAAAUUACUUCUUGAAUAUGGAGAUACUGUGACGGAAAAUAUUAACACAUUAAUUAGUUCUAUGUACAUUAGAGACCGGACUGAUCCAAGGAAAUUGAAAUUCUACAAACAGUCCACCAAAUUAAUGUUAGAUUAUGGCGCAAGGGUAUCAUUGUGUCGAUUUUUCAAAGUUUCAAAGUAUCAUAUCUCUAAGGCCUGCAAGAGUGUAGAUCAGAUCAGAGAACUUCUUACAGUUUUAGAUUGUUCCAACUGUAAAGAGAAAAUAUCAAGCCAUGCAUUCCUUCAUAGCCCUUCUGGUGAGACUAUAAACAACAUAGUGAAUAGAAGUAUUGAGUUGAAACAUCUUACCAGAAUGGUUAUUAGAAAAUGUUUGUUCUAUGGGGGAUUGCCACCUGGCAAAUGGUUUGUUAGGAAUCUGCAACAGCUACCCAUACCAGAGGCACUGAAGUGUUAUGUUAGGUAUAUUGAACUGGAAUAAAAAUGUGAUGCAAAAAUAUCUAUUGACAUUUGACCAACUUUAUUACUUGAAAUAGGAUAAACUUUACAAUUGAUUGCAUUUUGGAUUACAUGUGGCAAUACAAUUGAUUGUACCCUUGAUUGUAAUUUGUACGAUAUAUGGCAAUUCUUACAGUUAGUUAUUGUGUCGUAAGGCACUCUACAAUUGCUUUCAGUGUGGAUAACAGUAUGUGGUACAUUACAAUUGAUUGCAGGACUGCAUGGUACAUUACAAUCGAUUCCACUUUAGAUUGUAUGAUCACAUUUGACUACACUGUGGACUGUAUGGCAUAUUACAAUUGAUUGUGCUGUGAACUGUACGAUAUACAAUCAAUUGUACUGUGGAUUUUAUAUACAAUUGAUUGUCCUGUAUGUUGUAUGGAGAAUGUAAUUGAUUGCACUGUA